AAAAGACCUACCCAGACCAGCUGAGGGGGAGUGAGCGUUGUGACUCUGGAUUAGGGGGGACCAUGGAGAUCUUCAGCAUUCAGCAGUUGGUAAGUGAUGAACGAUAUGAGGGGAAAGGGCGAGGUUUCGAGACACUCUCCAAAAAUGCAGCCAAAGAGCCGGAAACUUGGCAGCCAGGCCCAGUUGGUGUGUGGGAAGCUGUCAGCAAGGAGAAGCAGAAGGUGGAAGAUGAGAGGAGAAGAAAGCUUGAGACACUCAAUAACUCCAGACUGAAGCUUGAGAGCUUGCAGGACUUGGAAACCAUUAUCAAACUACGCAAAAACAAGAAGAAACGGAAGAUUGUGGUCCACCCCAAGGAACGGGAGCCAGAAGUGAUUACAGAACCUGUGAACUCAGAACAGUUUCUGCAAGCAGCCUUGGAAAACCGGAUUCCUGUGAUUGACAAAUAUCUGGCAGACGGAGGGGACCCCAACGCUCAUGACAAGUUCAAAUGCACUGCCCUGCAUCGGGCCUGCCUUCGAGGCCAUGCAGAGAUCGUAGAGAAACUACUGGAAGCCGGGGCCAAACUGGAACCAAGAGAUAUGCUCGAUGCAACCCCUGUGCUCUGGGCCUGCCGUGGGGGACACCUGGAGAUCCUCAAGCGCCUGAUCAGCAGGGGAGCCAAGAUCUCUACAAGGGACAAGCUCUGGAGCACCCCACUGCACGUGGCUGUCCGGACAGGGCACUCUGACUGCGCGGAGCAUCUCAUUGCCUGUGGGGCGAACAUCAAUGCACAAGACAAGGAAGGAGACACACCCAUUCAUGACGCAGUCCGGCUGGGACGUUUCAAGGCGGUGAAGACGCUACUGCUGUAUGGCGCCAACCUCAACAUCCAGAAUGAGGCGGCAGAGACUCCGGUGGACCUGGUGAAGGACUGGCAGACAGGCAUACGGGAAACACUGCAGGCGUGUGCUGACCGGCAGCAUCCCUCUGCCAGGAACUGAUGAGUGUGGAAGGGCUUCAGUGGGGGGAUGCUGGCUCCAGAAGCUGGCAUCCACACACCCCCCCACUAGGUUUGGCCACUUUGCAUGCCAAGCUGGUGCUUUGGGCAGGACGGCUGUCUCUUCACAACUCCAGUUCCAGUGAAGUCUACAGUCCUUGUUUAUAUUCUCAGGCUGAGAUGGAAGGGAGAAGAGAGUCCUUUGGAAAAUAUCUAUAACACAGACCUCAAGAGACUUUCCUUCACCUGGGAGUGCACCAGGACAGCAGUGCUGGGCAGUCUUGGUGUCCAUCUUAAUGCUGCUGCUGGAUGUCACAGAGAAGACAUGGUUGCAUGAGGGAAACUAAGGCACGAGAGAGAUUACACUUGAAUCCUAGGUGCUUCUGGGUGGGGGUACAGCCCCUUCCAUUGGUAAAAUGAAUCCUCCCCAUCUCUUGGUGAAGGCAGGUGUGCUCAAGCCAAGGAGGACAGCAGCAAAAGCUACGUCCUUAAGAUGGAUGCAGAGUAAGCCUUAGGCAUUUCCUAAGCAACUCAGUGUCAAUGAAACUGCAGAGUGCAGCAUUUCCUUUAGCAGUUGCCAAAGCGGAUUGGAGAAGUACCUCUCAAUAGGGGCUUGGCUUGCCCCAGUGCAUCUGCAUGGGGCAGAAAGCCGCCCUACAGCCUGGGAAAAAGGCGAAGUCUCUGCUUCAGCUUUGCACAGAUCCCAAGGCCUUUGAGCUUCACAUCCUCCUGUUCUUUACAAAAUUGCAGGUGUUUCCUAGUGCGGCCCUCCCGGGUUCAGUGGUUGAGGGCCAAAUGAGGUACCUUGCAAAAGGCAGGCAAGAAGAGGUGGAUGAAGCAAGCUGAGCCACAGUUAGGCCUGAGCCUGCUUUCUGCACACUAGAACGAGGGUCAUCUCUCUGGGGUCUCAGUUGCAAAGCGCAAGAGAAGCAGGUCCUUCCUUUGCUAACUAUUAGGACUCUUCCCUUGUAGGAAUCCCUGCACCAGAGCCUGCCAUAUGAUGACAUUACCUCUUUGGCGUCAGCUCUUGUGGUGGCAGCAGCCAUGCCCUUUGCCAUUCCCAGCCACUGCUGUGGUGCCACGCGUCUGCUCACGAUCCUCUCAUUCCUUCCAUGCUGGCAAAGUGGGAUCUUGAUGCUGCUGGCCAGGCCAAGAUACCCCCCAGCCAACAUUAUUUGCAAAGGAUGUUAUUUGGUCAGUGGAAAGCAGGCCCGCUGGCCAUCCUGCCAUUUUCUUGCUACCUUACCUAACAGUCAAUGUGUCUGGAGCAUGCAGAGCAGCUCCCUGACUUAGUCCAUGGACAACUUGCGCAUGAAACUGGUUUCAUGUAUUGUAUACCUGAUAACCUCCUAACUUUUCCAGAAAAACCCAGUGAAAGAGCCCCAGAGCUGGAUAGGCAUUGCCUCGAGUGUCUUGACGACAACCAAUGUGGCUUGCCCUGGCCUUUCUGUCUGGCACAUGGGUCAUACUGAACUCUGGAGAAUGAAUGAAUGAAAAA